AUGUUUCUGGUUGGUCUCACCGGUGGCAUCGCUACUGGCAAAAGCACUGUUUCAGCAAUAUUUCAGGAAAACAAUAUUCCUAUAAUUGAUGCAGACAAAAUUGCUUAUUCAGUUGUGGAGCCCGGAAAACCGGCAUAUUUAAAACUUCGAGAGGAAUUUGGUUCGGGUAUUUUCGACGAUGAAAAUGGUGGUGUGCUUAUACGAGAAAAACUUGGUCAAAUGGUAUUUUCAGAUCCAGAGGUUAGAAAGAAAGUAAACAGUAUUACUCAUCCAUUGAUACGCAAAGAAAUUAAAGCACAAAUAUGGAAACAUUUUUGCUCUGGUGCACGAUUUGUCCUUCUUGAUCUUCCAUUCACCAAAGAGCAACAACUGACCAGACUCCAAAAACGGAACAAUUAUGAUGAAGAGACAGCUCAAAAACGAAUAGCAGCACAAAUGCCGCUGGAACAAAAAGUACAGCGAGCCACCCAUGUGGUCAACAACUCAGGAUCUCCAGAAGAUACGCGAGCACAGGUUGAAGCAAUUAUUGCUGAACUGAAAUCCAGUAAUCUAUAUUUGAUUGUACGUGGAUUUAUUGUUACUGUUGGUUUGUUGACUGUAUUGGCCGCUGGAUGUAUCAUCUCAUAUUUAUAA